CAAUCUACUAGCAGAGGUUAUGCGGCGCCUGAACGUGAUCAUGGCAGAAUCACUGGGCCUCGUCUCCAUCUGCCUUUUAGGAUAUCUACUCAGUGCGGAAUGUACAGUUUUCCUUGAUCGUGAAAAUGCCACCAAAAUUCUGCAUCGGCCAAAGAGGUAUAAUUCAGGCAAACUGGAAGAGUUUGUUCGAGGGAAUCUUGAGAGAGAAUGUAUAGAAGAAAAGUGUAGUUUUGAAGAAGCACGAGAAGUUUUUGAAAACACUGAGAAAACUAAUGAAUUUUGGAAGCAAUAUGUUGAUGGAGAUCAGUGCGAGUCCAAUCCAUGCUUAAACGGUGGCCUGUGCAAGGACGACAUUAAUUCCUAUGAAUGUUGGUGUCAAGUUGGAUUUGAAGGAAAGAACUGUGAAUUAGAUACAACAUGCAACAUUAAGAAUGGCAGAUGCAAGCAGUUUUGUAAAACAGGCGCUGAUAGCAAGGUGCUUUGUUCCUGUACCACUGGAUACCGACUUGCACCAGACCAGAAGUCCUGCGAACCAGCAGUGCCAUUUCCAUGCGGAAGAGUUUCUGUCUCACACAGUCCUAUGACGCUCACCCGUGCUGAGAUUAUUUUUUCCAACAUGGACUAUGAAAAUUCUACUGAAGCUGAACCAAUUUUGGAUAGCCUCACUGAAAGCAACCAAUCAGUUGACGACUUAACUCGAAUUGUUGGUGGAGAAAACGCCAAACCAGGUCAAUUCCCUUGGCAGGUCCUUCUGAAUGGUAAAAUUGAUGCAUUCUGUGGCGGUUCCAUCAUUAAUGAAAAGUGGGUUGUAACGGCAGCCCACUGCAUCGAACCUGGCGUUAAAAUUACUGUUGUUGCAGGUGAGUAUAACACCGAGGAGACAGAACCUACAGAGCAAAGGCGAAAUGUGAUCCGUGCCAUUCCCCACCACAGCUACAAUGCCACCAUGAAUAAGUACAGCCAUGACAUUGCCCUCCUGGAACUGGAUGAACCCUUGACGCUGAACAGCUACGUAACCCCUAUUUGUAUUGCCGACAAGGAAUACACCAACAUCUUCCUCAAAUUUGGAUCUGGCUAUGUGAGUGGCUGGGGGAGAGUCUUCAACAGAGGGCGGUCGGCUACGAUUCUUCAGUACCUGAAGGUUCCACUCGUGGACCGAGCUACCUGCCUCCGGUCCACGAAGUUCACCAUCCAUAAUAACAUGUUCUGUGCCGGCUUCCAUGAGGGAGGUAAAGAUUCCUGCCAAGGAGAUAGCGGGGGCCCCCAUGUUACCGAGGUGGAAGGUACCAGUUUCUUAACUGGAAUUAUUAGCUGGGGUGAAGAGUGUGCAAUGAAGGGAAAAUAUGGAAUAUAUACCAAGGUAUCCCGGUAUGUCAACUGGAUUAAGGAAAAAACAAAGCUCACUUAAAGAAAAAUGUAUUUCCAAGGUUGACAGAUUUGGGAUUGAAAAUGGACAGGGUCCUUUACUAACUAAUCACUUUCCUAUCUCUUUAAAUGUCAAUAUAUACAUUCUAUGACUACUUCUUUUUCUCUUUACUGGGAGAAGUCUAGCUAGAAUUCCUGUGUCACCAGAACAAGGAGAUUAAAAAUGUAAUCGCUAGAGAAACAUGCUGUCGUAGGAAAGGGCAACCAUUUCUCCAGGUCCAGCUCCUGAUAAAAUUGUUCUAAGUUCUUCCCUCUGCUCAUCAGACGUUAUGUUUCUCCACUUGGGCACCCCCUGCUUCUCCAUCCUUAGCAGCAUUCCAUGUGCCACAUCUUUCUUACCUCUCCCGCCAAAUCGUCCAGACGUACUGGAUCUGUAUCCAAGACUUUGGGUCUAGCCCAUCACAAAGCCAGCACCACACUCAUACAGGAAGAACACAGGGGCAGCAGACAGGUGCAAACAUUAGAAACGCUGCAUCUUUCUCGGUACCCUUGGUCCUGCAUCUGCUAUCUUUUCCAACUCCUAACCCCCAAGUCAGUUUUUCUCUUUCUCUCUCCCUCCCUGCCCUUUUCCUUUCCUAGGCAUUAAAGGAGGGAAGGGGAGCAUCAUACUGUUUUACUGCUGUACACAAUGAUGCAAACCUAUCAAACCCAGGCUUGCUUUCAAUUUGUUCUUGGACUUGCUUUUCAUAGCACAGGGAUGAAGUAAGGUGCCUGAACUUGGAGGAAAAGUUCCUCUUGGAGAGUCACAUUAUUCAAAUACAUAUAUAAUGGAAGGAAUGACGCAUCAGAAUAGUUUCCCAAGAGCUUGUAAUUGUGUUGUUAUGGAGGUUUCACUGGAAUGAUUCCAUGAAAGCAAACUGGAUGUCAUUGUAACGAAGAAAGCUGACAUUGAUCCGGGUGUAGUGUCCCCUGUCAGAACAGUCGGUCUGCAACCAGAGCUAGUAGAGCCAUCAAGGAAUUCAUCGGUGUGUCUCCAGUGCUGUCCAAGGUUAGGGAAGAAGUUGCCCGGCCAGAGAACGUGGGCAUCACACUUGCUCAACUGGUGUAUCCCCACAACGGAGCGGGCUGCGUUCCAAUGAGCCAAUGAACUCCCCUUUUCUGGUUUCACGCUCGUCGAGCCACUUUCUGAUAAUAAUUGGGGCUUUGAUACUGUAUUUUCUAGAGUGGCUGACCAAUCAACACAUCAAUCAAUCACAUCCGUACUUCAAUCUGUUAGACUAUUUCCCUUUAUGAAUUAAACCGGUGUUCUGAUUCAGA